ACGAGGUAAUGAUGAAUCCAAUUCUGCUUGCUGCUAUUCCAAUUAUUUCUUAUUUCUUUCUACUACUUGCAAGAAUGAAGGUCAUCCCACAGAACGCAGUUCUGUUACCUUCACCUCCGAGACUUCCUAUCAUAGGUAAUCUCCACCAACUUGGCUCCAUUCUUCAUCGCUCACUCUACAAGCUUUCAAAGCAGCAUGGACCUUUGAUGCUCCUCCAUCUUGGUACUGUUCGAACGCUAGUGGUAUCAUGCCCAAAAAUUGCAGAAGAGGUGAUCAGAAACAAUGAUCUCGUAUUUGCCACUCGUCCCAAGAGCAAGGUAAUGGGUGCUUUGUCCUACAACAAGAAUGACAUAGCCUUCGCUCAAUAUGGAGAGAGUUGGAGACAAAUGAAAAAACUUGCCAAAACCCACCUUCUUAGCUCACAAAGAGUGAAGUCCAUGAGCUCCGAUCGAGCAGAAGAGGUGUCUCUUUUGCUUGAAAAAGUUGCUGAUGCAGCUUCGAGGGGUAAUGGAGUUAUAUGCCUCACAGAGAUAUUGAAUUCUUACGUAACCAACGUGAUCACUAGAGCGGUUUUAGGAUCUUGGGUAACUAAAGAGAAAAAGAAGCUUUUGUCCAAGCUAUCACACGAGUCUUCAGCUUUAUUUUAUGAAGUUUUCUUUGAAGAUUUUUUCCCGAAUUUAAAUUGGCUAGAUGUUCUGAGGGGAUCAGAUAGAAAGCUCAAGAAUUACAUGAAGAAUUGGGAUGCUCUUUUUGAGGAAAUUAUUAAGAACCAUGGUCGUGAGUCAAAGGAGGUAAACGGUAAGAACAACACUUAUUUCAUUGGUACGUUGCUUGAAUUGCAGAAUGAUUCGAGCUUGGGAUUUUUCCUCACAAACGAUCACAUCAGGGGUCUUACCUUGGAUAUGAUUAUUGCUGGAAUAGACACAACAUUCGCAACUCUGGAUUGGUGCAUGACAGAACUUGUUCGAAAUCCAGAAGUAAUGAAGAAGGUAAAGGACGAACUGAGAAAAGUGGCUCAUGGAGAAGAUAUGAUUAUUGAAGAAUUGUUGGGCCAACUAAGCUACUUGAAGGUUUUUAUAAAAGAAGUCAUUCGGCUGCAUCCAUCAUCCCCGUUAUUGCUUCCUCGAGAGUCAUUGGAAGAGUGUCAAAUACAAGGCUACAAUAUUCCUAAGCAAACCAGACUAGUCAUCAAUGCAUGGGCUUUUGGGAGAGAUAAAUCUUAUUGGGAAGCACCUGAACAAUUCAAACCAGAGAGAUUCUUUGAUAGUAAUGUGGACUAUAAAGGUAAAGAUUUUUACUUUAUUCCAUUUGGUGUUGGUCGUAGGAUUUGCCCUGGAAUGGAUUUUUCAAUGGUUGUUAUUGAGAUUGCUCUAGCAAAUCUUCUGCAUUGCUUUGAUUGGAGUCUGCCAAGAGGCAUCACUGUUGAAGAUAUGGACAUGAUUGAAUGUGGAGGAGUAAUUUCUUCAAGGAAACAGAAGCUGGAGUUAGUGCCAAUAGCUAGUAAGGUUAAUUAGAGCUACAUCAUGCCUUUUUUAAUGAGAUGUUAUGAUCGUCUCAUGCAUGUGAAAAAUGUUACUAUAUGUAAUAAAUUUGUGUGCUAAGUGCUUGAAACCACUACUAAUAACCUAUUCCUACUAUAUAUGAUUGUGGCAGAAGAAUUGCUUCAAGGACGAAUGACUAGAGUUAAUUAGAGCUACAUCAUUUCAUUUUAAAUGAGAUGAUACGAUCAUAUCAUGUAUUUGCACUGCAA